AUGGCAAAGUAUCUCGGCCUUCGAGGCCCGGCGCUGACCCGGGCCAUCAUCUGGCUGGUCGUCUGCCCUGCCUUUACCUGCUACGGCUACAACAUCAGCGUCGCCGGCGGUCUCCUGACCCUGCCCUCGUUUGUCAAGAUGUUUCCCUCUCUCGACACCAUCAAUACCACCGGAUCGCAACAAUCUUACAAUUCCACCAUCCAAGGUAAACCCCCUCCCCCCCUCCCUCUCCGCUCUUUCCGUCCUUCUCUAACCCUUGCACCCCCCCCAGGCACCGUCGUCGCGCUCUUCACCGUCGGCGGCAUCUUCGGCUCCCUGUCCUGCAUCUACCUCGGCGACCGCCUCGGCCGCCGCCGCGUCAUCCAACUGGCCUCCCUCGUCGCCGCGCUCGGCGUCGUCCUCAUGGCCUCCGCCUUCAGCCUCGCCCAGUUCGUCGUCGCGCGCCUCGUCCUCGGCCUCGGCACCGGCGGCUACCUCGCCACCGUGCCCGUCUGGCAGGCCGAGAUCUCCCGCGCCGGCAAGCGCGGGGCCCACGUCGUCAUGGACGGCAUCUUUGUCGGCGCCGGCAUCUCCCUCGCGCUGUGGCUCGACUUCGGCUUCUUUUUCGUCAAGGACAGCUCCGUCGCCUGGCGCUUCCCCUUUGCCUUCCAGAUCUUGUUCCUGGCGGCGGUCGGCGGCUUCGUCACGCUGCUGCCCGAGUCCCCGCGGUGGCUGGUCAAGCGCGACCGCGUGGAGGAGGCGCGGGAGAUCCUCGCCGCCCUUUCGGACGAUGACCCGGCGUCGGAGGCCAUCGCCAACGAGGUCCGGGAGAUUCAGCACUCGCUGUCGGUGUGCGGCGCGCUGUCGUGGAAGGCGAUGACGACGAUGGGCGAGCAGCGGCUGCUGCACCGGACGGUGCUGGCGGCGACGGGCCAGAUGUUCCAGCAGAUGUGCGGCAUCAACCUCAUCUCCAUGUACGCGACCACCAUCUUCGAGCAGUACCUCGGCAUGAACCCGACCAGCUCGCGCAUACUGGCCGCCUCCAUGGCCAUGACGCAGAUCCUCGGCGGCUACCUGGCCUUCUUCACCAUCGACCGCCUCGGCCGGCGCUUCCUGAUGCUCGCCUGCGCCGCCGGCAUGGGCGUCGCCAUGGCCAUCCUCGCCGGCACCACCUCCGCGCCGGGCAACACCGCCGCCCUCGUGGUCGCGGUCGUCUGCCUCUUCGCGUUCCAGUUCAUCUACACGGUCGGCUACUCGGGCCUCACCUACCUGUACGCCACCGAGGUGGCGCCGCUGCAGCUGCGCGCGGCCAUCAGCGCCGUCGCCACCGCGGCCGUCUGGACGUUCAACUUCUUGCUCGCCGAGGUCACGCCCAUCGGCUUCAACACCAUCUCGUACAGGUACUACAUCAUCUUCGCGGUGCUCAACGCGACCAUCAUCCCGGUCGUGUACUUCUUCUUCCCGGAGACGAGCGGCCGCUCGCUCGAGGAGAUUGACGAGAUCUUCAUGCAGAGCAAGUCCAUCUGGGACCCGGUCAAGGUGGCGCGCACGUUGCCGCGCAUGACGACGGAGAUUGGCGUCACGGUAACGUCGCUCGAGGGCGCGGACGAGAAGGUCGAGUAUGCCAAGUAA